AUGAGCUCAUCGUUUUACAUCGAGUCGCUAAUCCAAAGUAGCAAACCAAAAACGACCAUCGCUGAGACAAGACACAGCUUCGAGCCCACUGUUCCUUGCUCAUGCUGUUGGACGCCUUCGCAAUCCGAAGCCUCGGGUUUAUGUCAGUUGUGCAUCCCUCCAAGUCAUUCUUCAGUUCACCCAUUUUUACACGUCCGCGGCGCGACAAUUCCCGAUGCAAACAGCUUGUAUUCGAAGGAGUUCCUCAAAGCUGAACACGCUCAUUUAACCUCGCACUAUUCCACUUCCGAGGAGGAUCGUCUUCGCUUAGUGUCAUACGGUAAUUGUUUUUUCUUUUUUGAAAUCAACUUGAUACCUUUUUAAGUCUCACUGAAGAAGGCAUAUUAACUAAUCUUCCUACCCCAGAGACAGGUGUUUGUCAAGUUCAUGGCAUUCUCCUGGCUUUUGAAUCUUGAAAUUUCAUUUCUUAUCUGUAUACACGCUUGAUAAUAUUUGUUGAUAAAGCUGCGAAAACUUACGGGUUUUUUUAUUUCUUGUUUUUAUCCAACAGUAUCCCGUAACGAACCCAGCAACAUCAACAGAGGAAAUUCAAGAUCAAAGCGUAUCAGAACCGCAUACACAAGCAUGCAGCUCUUAGAACUGGAGAAAGAAUUCAGCCAAAACAGAUAUUUAUCUCGGCUACGCAGGAUACAGAUUGCUGCUCUGCUCGAUCUAUCCGAGAAGCAAGUGAAGAUUUGGUUCCAAAAUCGCCGCGUUAAGUGGAAGAAAGACAAAAAAGCUGCCCAGCAUCAAGUAACAGACACAGCGCAAAGCCCUCUUUCUCCUUCCAGCUAGAUAAAUGGCCGAGGCUUAUGUAGCUUAAAGAACAAUUCGUGUACAUUUAUAUCUAGAAAUUGUAGAAUAAGAUAGAGAUUUUUGUACAAAGGUUCUGUAAAACAAUGAAGUGACCAAAAUGGUUGCGUUAAUCGGAUAAUUCAUUAUAAGGCUAAUUAAUUUCUUGGCGAAAUGCGUCGCUAAUCCGCGUCCGCUAACCAGGACCGUUGCGGUUAGGAAAUUUUGAUGCGGAAUGCGUUCGAUCAAAGAAUAUUUUGGACAGGAGGUGUUGCAAAUGCAUAAGCGAGUGGGCAUAGCUUCUUUAGUAUAUCAUUGGAAGUGAUAAUGCCAGUUUGUAUUUUUAGCGAAGGGAAGGUUGUACAAAGUACUUCUUGGAAACAUAUGUUUCCCUUGAUUGUUGUAGAAAAGAUGAUUACGGGAAGUCUUAAGAAAGACCAAUGGUUUCUAUAUAAAUAAAGAAAGAAAAUGAAAG